UGACGAUCUGAGGACAGGCAAAUCAUUUUUAUGUAAUUUAAUCCAACUCCAGAGCUGUGGCGACGUGCGCACCCCGCAACAGAUGAGAACAUGCAUGGGACAAACAACGGAGACUGAGGCAGAACACCUGGGCACUGUAAGCUUCUCUGUGGAUCAUCGUUCUAACUAUCCAUCAACUGGAGAUACAAAUACCUGCUCUAUCCUGUCACACAUCCUAAAGUCAACAUGCCUAUAAUCAGCAAUGCCAACCACGACUUUAGCACCUUCUCCAUUAGCAGCGAUGACAGCAGCCUCGACCGCUUUUUUACUGAGAUCCCAGAGACUGAGACCAUCAAGGGUGUUUACUUCCAGCGAGCCCAGCUGCUUCGUGACCGCAAGGCUUCGUAUGUGGUCGACCACACCCUACAGGUUCUUAUUAAUGUCGGAGGCAAUCGCUACACAUUUCCCUGGAGCACCUUAGAACAGUUCCCACAAAGUCGUCUUGGACGUCUGCGGUCAUGCACAACCCCAGAGGAGAUUGCAAGACUCUGCGACGACUAUGACGAGACGUGCCAGGAGUACUUCUUUGACCGAAACCCAACAGCCUUCAGGGUCAUCCUCAACUUCCUUGCUGCGGGGAAACUGCGUUUGCUUCGAGAACUGUGUGCCGUGUCUCUCCACGAUGAGCUUGACUACUGGGGUGUGGACCCAGGCCAUAUGGAGCGUUGUUGCCGUCGCCGCAUGAUUACCCGUGUGGAGGAGGUGGCCGAGCGAGAGCGCAAGGAAGAGGAGUGGAGGCAGAAGAGGGUGAUGCUGAAGAAAAGCGCUACAGAGGUACAAAAAGGCUCUCACAAACUGACCUGGAUACUGCGAGAAGUGGUGGAAAACCCUCAGUCGGGGUUGGCUGGGAAGAUAUUCGCCUGCCUCUCUGUCGUCAUGGUGCUGGUCACUGUCAUCAGCCUGUGCAUCAGCACCAUGCCAGACCUCAGAGAUGAAGAGACCAGGGGCGAGUGCUCCCAGAAGUGUCAGAGCAUGUUUGUAGUGGAGUCCAUCUGUGUGGCGUGGUUCACUUUGGAGUUUGUGCUUCGCUUCGCCAAUGCUCCGAGCAAGCUAGACUUCAUUCGUGGACCCCUAAACAUCAUCGAUGCCAUUGCCAUCCUGCCCUACUAUGUGUCCCUGGUUGUUGAUGUCAGAGAUGUGUCCCAGGAGGAUGUCACCAUGGGUGCAGGUAGCAGAGGUUACCUGGAUAAACUGAGUCUGAUCCUGCGCCUGCUGCGGGCCCUGAGGAUCCUGUAUGUGAUGCGGCUGGCUCGCCACUCUUUGGGCCUGCAGACAUUAGGGCUAACCAUGCAGCGCAGCAUUAGGGAAUUUAGCCUGCUGCUGCUGUUUGUCUGCGUGGCUGUGACUCUGUUCUCACCUCUUGUCCAUCUAGCAGAGAGUGAGCUGGCUCCAUUUGCCGCCACGUACCCCCAACACAGCUUCAGCAGCAUACCGGCCUCCUACUGGUGGGCCAUCAUCUCUAUGACCACGGUGGGAUAUGGCGACAUGGUUCCACGCAGUAUCCCUGGACAGAUAGUCGCACUCACAAGCAUUCUGAGCGGCAUCCUUAUCAUGGCGUUCCCCGCCACGUCCAUCUUCCACACCUUCUCCCGCUCAUAUCAGGAGCUGAAGCAGGAGUACGAGCGGCUUUGGAAAGAGGAGAGAGGCGAGGAAAUAGCUGCCGAGACAGAGGAGAGUUUGUCCAAAAUGGAUUUGGUACCAGAUGAGUUUACGUCUGUGUCGAAGGAAGAUUAUGACGUGGGGAUAUCAAGUAGGAGUCACCAAUCCACACUUCCAUCAACAGCUUUCUAAUUGACCAGGAAGAGAGCAAUCAGACUCUUUCAUUCGGUAAUCAUGUGGUAAAAAUGGUGCCACUUCACAACAUACUCUAUAAGCACAUUUAGACUCUAAAGGACUGUUAUAUUGUGGACGCUUCUUGUCUGUUCCUUUUCAUGAUUCAUGCUUUAAUAAUUGGCGCUUCAAACAGUCUAUCUAAAUUAUAAAGCAGUCUUUUAUAGCAGCAAAUACAGAAACACUUUACCCUAGCUUUCUGUGUACAUGCAAAUAUAGACGUCAAAUAUCGAGCACAUUUUAAAAUAUAUAUUUAAAUAUAUAUAUAUGCACUUGUGCACUCAUGCUGUUCAACCGUAAGUUGACACAAGGCUUUUUCACUUAGCUUUAGCGGUCAGUCCUUAGAAAAUGUUAUCCCUUUAAAAAAUCUUUGGAGCUUUGUACUGUUACAUUUAUGUCCCGUUCAGGACACUUGUUAGCCUCGUGUGCUAACUUUAGCACUAAUUCCUACUUGAUGAUAAUUUCAUUAACGUCACUUUAAAAAAGAAAAUAAGAGGUUCUAGGUAGCAAUACCCAUCUGGGUCCAAUUGUGGUGGCGGCAAAGGAACAGAAUGAUAAAACUAACAACAAGAACUCCGUUAAUUGUACCAGUAACAAGUUUCUACUUCAUUCAGAUAUUAUUGCAUUUAGCUGCUGUUAACCUUAGUGUUCAUACAAUUGUGAAACAAACUGGCUAAAACCUUUAACGUUACUCUCAUCCCCUGUAAUAAGGAAACACAUUAAAUGGUAUUAUAUGCUGACAUGAAAGGGAAUCUAUUACUUUGCCUAAUGUGUUAAUCAAUCAAUCAAUCAAUCAACUUUAUUUAUAAAGCCCUUUAAAAACAGCCGCAGCUGAAACAAAGUGCUGCACAUGGAUAAAAACACGUAGCACAAAACACAAAAACAAUAUAAAAACAACAAUAAAAAAUCAAUAACAAUAUCAAAACAACAAGACCAAUGAAACCAAUACAGAAACAUAGUCUCAUGCUGGGUUAAAAGCCAAGGAAUAGAAAUGGGUUUUAAGACGAGUUUUAAAAUGGGCAGUGAAGGGGCUUGUCUAAUGUGCAAUGGGAGGUCAUUCCACAGAUUAGGGCCUGCAGCGGAAAAAGGCUCUAUCCCCUCUGAGCUUCCGUUUAGGCCUUGGUACCUCCAGGAGCAGCUGAUCAGCUGACCUGAGGCACCGGGCAGGAGUGUAAGAGUGUAAGGAGUUUAUCAGUAAACAAUUAAUAUGGCAAAUGUUAAAUUGUCUUCUGCUGCACAUUCCGUAUAGCCUAAAGUCAGCCUUUUACACUGGAUUUAUUUAAUUAAUUGUGUUUAUUUUCUGAGAUUAUCCAUUCAAAAGUCAAACACUUUUUUCAAAUCAAAUAGAAGAAGAGAUGAAAGACCACUACAUUGACUUUAUCCAGCUCAUAACUUCAUUGUUUGCACAUUUUUAUGAUGACUCGUGUAAUGAAUGUGAUACUUUUACCAACUCUCUAAUUCAGGUGUUGGAAGGUCCUUAAAGGCACUAUCAAGCUGUAUUAUUAAGGGACAAUGAGUUCAUUACAAACCACUAAUGGUGACCAAAAUCCUCACUGUGAUAGAUAGACACAGCACAAGUGAUGUGUCUUUGUGAGUUGAUUUUUCAAAAGAAAUCAAUUUGCUGCCUGACACAUUACUUUAGAAGGUUAGUUGAAAUCAAUAAUAUUAAGCUUAAAUUGGUUCAACUUAAUAUUAUUGCUCUCAACUAACCUAUUACAGUUAUGUGACAUUUGUUCACAUAAUACAUCUAGCUAAAGUCAACGUUUAUUUCAAUGUGGAAGUAAUUUUAAAACCUGUGGAAAAUGAUGGGCAGCAAUGUUUAAGACUUGUAUUUAUUGGGCGUUC